CUGUGUAGUGUAGAGGUGGGUGUGAGUGUGGCUCUGUCUGCUCUAUCAUCACUGUGACUCUGGGUGCUCUAUCAUCGCCGUGACUCUGUCUGCUCUAUCAUCACUGUGACUCUGGCUGCUCUAUCAUCACUGUGACUCUGGGUGCUCUGUCAUCACUGUGACUCUGGCUGCUCUAUCAUCACUGUGACUCUGGGUGCUCUGUCAUCACUGUGACUCUGGCUGCUCUAUCAUCACUGUGACUCUGGGUGCUCUGUCAUCACUGUGACUCUGGCUGCUCUAUCAUAACUGUGACUCUGGGUGCUCUGUCAUCACUGUGACUCUGGCUACACCAUCAUCACUGUGACUCUGGCUGCACCAUCAUCACUGUGACUCUGGCUGCACCAUCAUCACUGUGACUCUGGCUGCACCAUCAUCACUGUGGCUCUGGCUGCACCAUCAUCACUGUGACUCUGGCUGCACCAUCAUCACUGUGACUCUAGCUGCACCAUCAUCACUGUGACUCUGGCUGCACCAUCAUCACUGUGACUCUGGCUGCACCAUCAUCACUGUGACUCUGGCUGCACCAUCAUCACUGUGACUGGCUGCACCAUCAUCACUGUGACUCUGGCUGCACCAUCAUCACUGUGACUCUGGCUGCACCAUCAUCACUGUGAUUCUGGCUGCACCAUCAUCACCGUGACUCUGGCUGCACCAUCAUCACUGUGACUCUGGCUGCACCAUCAUCACUGUGACUCUGGCUGCACCAUCAUCACUGUGACUCUGGCUGCACCAUCAUCACUGUGACUCUGGCUGCACCAUCAUCACUGUGACUCUGGCUGCACCAUCAUCACUGUGACUCUGGCUGCACCAUCAUCACUGUGACUCUGGCUACACCAUCAUCACUGUGACUCUGGCUGCACCAUCAUCACUGUGACUCUCGUAGUCUACGACGAAAUAAUUUAAGAAUUAUUUAAUUCUUGGACAAUUUUUCGUGUGUUAUACAUCGUGACUUGGUCACAGUGAGAGAACAUCAAUCACUGUCACCACAAUGACGCGAAGCAGCUCACAGUGUCUACUGCUGUUAUUGGUGUUGAUGUUGGAGGUUGUGGUGGGGAGAGACAAUGUCGACCCUCACACACCAGGUGAUGAUCAUUCCCGUCCACGACGCAAUCUGCCAGAACAUCCACACACUCACCUCACAACGCCGGAACUGAUCUCAGUCCGCGGGUUCCCUGUGGAAGUGCACCACGUCACUACCCAGGACGGAUACAUCCUGGAAUUACAUCGUAUACCUCAUGGACGUGUGGACAACACAGCGUCGAACGCCCAGCUUAACGCCCUCGACUUCAAGACCGCACUCUCUCUCUCUGUCGCCGACAUAUCCCAAAAUGUUGACACCCCUCCAUAUGACAAUUUCUUGUUAAACCCCCACCCCCUCCUAGAUGUCCCCUCCAUUCCUAAUACAAUCUCCGAUCUUUUCCCCAAUACUAACAUACACCAAGACAACCCAUUCCCAUAUGUUCACCCUAUACCAGACUCGUCUUUCUUUCACGAUCUACCCAACCAUGAUGGAGAACUGUGGGCAGAGCUAAUACACAACGUUACCUUCGAAGCACCAAGAGCUAGUAUCAAAGACAGCAGAAGCGGCAACCGAGGGGGAAGUAGAAGGUUCAAGCGCAGUGCGAACAGAGGAAGACAUGGGCGUCGAGUAGCUUUCCUCCAACAUGGCGUCUUCUCGUCCAGCGCAGACUUUGUGGUCAACGAUCCUGAUCAAGCGCUAGGUGAGGAAAACAAGUCAUUUACUUAUAAAUAAAACUCUAGACUGUGUAGUGAACACCUGGUAUUUAAUACACGUUCUGGUUCAAGACACAUAAGCAAACACUGGAAUCAUUUUUGCUCCUGGACGUUGUUAACUCCAUAUAUAUGGGGGUUGAGAAAAUUUAUGUUAUUAUAGGGAAUGUUGAAUGUGCGAGGUACACUAGAGUUUAGUUGAACAGCUGAGAGAUCAUAAAGUGGAGUCACUGAGUGGCUUUAAAAAUGGAAGAGUUGUAGCUAGAAUGUAAUGCAAUCAUAUAUUGACAACGUUUCGUUCUAGAAGAGUUUGGAAGGAGGGGAGUAAAGGAGGUUUUGUAUGAGAGGGGCUUAGACACCCAGCAAGCGUAUGUGAGCGUGUUAGGAGUGAAUGGAAGCAAGUGGUUUUUGUGACUUGAAGUGCUGUAGGAGUUAGAGCAAGGUAACAUUUAUGAAGGGAUUCAGGGAAACAGGUGGUGGGAAGGUGGGAAGUAUACUGCCUGCACUCUGAAGGAGGGGGGUGCAGGUAUUUGCAAUUUUGAACAGUAGUAUCAGUGCACCUAUGGAAAGACAGUGAUAGAAUGAGAGUAAAAAAAAAAUAUAUUUUUCGGGUCACCCUGCCUUGGUGGGAGAUGUUAUUGUACUCCAUUCUGUAGAUUGCCACGGAUUUACCAUCAGUUGUUACAUUAAGGUCCGUGUUAUCUGCACUAUAUUGAUAUUGCUGCCCAAUGUAAUGGUCUAACUACUAAUAGCAUCACUUCACUCAUACCUCUGUACAUUUAUGUAGGAGCAAGAAAAUCUAUUCUCAAAGAGGAUGUCCACUAAAAACUGCUAACGAAGGCGGUGGUGUAUCUGGAUGCUAAGCUUAAGUAGCAGAAGAACAAGGGGAACUCCUGAGCGAACUGCCUGUAUUGUAGCUUGCCCAGCUGAUGCCACUUUCAGGUCUGUUACUCCCAGGAAAUGCAUUUUUCAAGAAGAUCCUUAUUGUCAGUGGAAGGUACUCUAGGCUUGAGUCAAUGCUGUUGGUGUCAUCGCUCGUAGAAUAAACAUGUGCCACUUCCCAAGGGCUUUAUGUCAAUGACAAUGAGCUUGACAGCUGUUUCCCUUAUAGUCAUUUUCCCAUUUUAUGACUGUUGGUGGUUCUAUUUCCUACUGUAAUCACAGACUGCAUUAAUUGAAGGAACCAUCACCGAAAGACUCAAGAUUCUUUUUCAUAUGUUGAGCUCCAUAUGGCCCUUGAUCUCUAUUUUUAAGAUAUUCUUUCAUAUUCUGUACCAGAUGAUUUACAAUUGUCUGUUGAUCAUUAUAUUGUUCUAAGUAUUUAACUACUUUGUGAAAGGCUUCAGAUUUUUCCUAUCUGCCGGCGCCCCUCCUUUCCCGACCUUAAACUUACUCUGAGUCACUCAUGCAAUAUUUGAUAGCGACAUUUUUUCCAGUCCUACAAUUGCUGGUACACUGUUGACGAUAUAAUGCAUCAGCAACGUGAAUGUCACUGACAGAGGCUAGACGCCCAAAGACAACUUCUGAUUACAGAUCAUUUCUUAGACGGCAGUGUUCCAGCACGCUGGCCUGGAAGUCUUUAGUCCUUCCAUGGCAUAUAUCAAGCUCUAUUUUCUUAGAAUUUUUAGUUAGCCCACGGAGUAAACAGUGUUACUGAAAACUAAAUACAGCUUGCAAGGAACGAAGUUACCUCACUUUUCUAUGUAUAUCUGUUUGAGAUACACUCAGCGCAAUAAUCUGAGAUUUGUAAUAGUCAUGGCAACACAUUGCCCUGGAACUAUCCUCAGAUCAUCUCCACAUUGCUCACUGCCUCUGUUAACGCCGUCGCUGCCAUUCAACUGUUCUCCGUCAGCAAUUGACUUAUUA